UCACCCUUCUUUUCCUCCCACGCCAACUCGAAAACAAUCUAAGGAAUGAUCGAGCGACGGAAUCUCGGCAGCAAAUGAGUCUAUUCCAGGAUUCAAUCUCAUAUCCCGAAAUACUUAUGUGCUAUUUUUCUUCCUGGUUCUAUAAAAUUUAUGAUACAAGGAUGAAAAAAAAUAUCAAAAUGAUAUUAAGAGAAAUAGGAAAACAGCACUCUGAAAUCUUUUUCGAAGCAAGAUACUUGAAGAAACAUCUCGCUUCCGGACUAGGUCGCAGCGAUAGAGGUUCUCUCGCGGUCAUCACCGACGCGACUUGAAUAUCGAAGAGGCGUGGUUUUGGUCGACGUAGAAACCUGUUCGUUCUCCGCGCUUCAUCUCGUUGCAGCGUGACGUCGGCCGAUUCCCCUCCGCAUCACGCAGCCGACCUCCUCCCCCACGUAUAAGCCAACGGGCGCUCUCUGGCGUCGGAGUCGCGGGACCGAUGACAUGCGCCAUUUUGUCCAGUGUUCGUCGAACGCGUCGUGCGUCGGGGUGCGUAUCGCUGGCGGGGUUUGUGCGAGCGAAAUAAAUCUGAGCGCGAAGACUUAGGUGUGAUAACGCACGCGAGUGUGCAAGCGGGCGAGCGUUUGUUGUGCUCGGCUCGAGGCGAGCGUAAUAUGUAUUACGUGCUUUCUAGAUUCGUGUGUGUGGCGACGACGUCCGGCGCGGCUACGAACACGAAGAUCGUCUCCUCGGAUUGCGAUCGCUGCGAGCUGCUACGAGGACAGACGUAGCGUCGUGACGACGCUUAAUAAACAAACGACUCACGGAGAGUGUGAAUGGCGACGGCGACGAUCACGCGAACACUCAAUCCCGUUGUCGCAACGGAGAGCAGCGCUUGGCUGCAGAGUUUGCCGGGUUCAAGUAACCUGGAACUUGGCAAGACUUCGAUCCAGGUGCGCAAUAUUAAACGGAGGCACACCUACUAGUGUGACUCAUUCUGGAAGAGUUCCUGGUUUCUUUCGCCCUUCAUAUCUGGCUAUAAUCUGUCAUGUAGACGAGAAUGCGCACCCUUGCCGAAAUCGAGAUCCUGGCCCAAUCCAAAAUGUAUAAUCUAGAAACUGAAGAAACAGGGAUGUCCGCGGACAUGAACGGAGUGGUCUUGUCAUCUCCUCAUCCGGAGACUCAUAUAUUCACUAACAGCAUGUUAUGCAUCCAGGAAGAGCUGGCUCAACUGAGUGAAAUCGCAGCAAGUCCCGAACGAUUAAUCACUGAACUGCGAGAGGUUCAAUUACCCAACAGUAAUCCGAACUCGGGGAGUAGUUCUAGCGAUACAGCGACAAAAUGCGCUCCCGGAACGGAAAGCAUCGACUCUCAACGAUCGAAUUGGGUCGAAGGCAUACUGGGAUGCAUGCGUCCUGUUUGGACUAUGUUGUCGAAAACAGCUAUCAACGAAAAAAUUAAAAAUCUUGCAACGGAUGAUUGGGAGAUACCUUUUGGAGAUAUUAGUGAAAUGAAGUGGGUAGCAUCCGGAGCGCAAGGUGCAGUAUUCAAAGGGAAAUUAAAUAGGGAAAUUGUAGCUGUAAAAAAGGUGAAGGAACCGAAAGAGACUGACAUACGUCAUUUAAAAAAGCUCAAUCAUCCGAAUAUUGUACAAUUCAAAGGAGUCUGUACGAAACCUCCUUCCUAUUGCAUAAUAAUGGAAUUUUGUCCAUUUGGGCCAUUGUAUGACUUUUUGAGAGCAGGAGAACCGGUUCCUCCUGUUAGAUUGGUGUCAUGGUCAAAACAAAUUGCUGCAGGGAUGGGAUAUCUUCAUGCUCAUAAAAUCAUACAUAGAGAUCUCAAAAGCCCAAACGUUCUAAUAGGACAAGACGAAGUAGUGAAGAUCACUGACUUUGGCACAAGUAGACAAUGGAAUGAAGUUAGCACGAAAAUGACUUUUGUUGGUACUGUGGCGUGGAUGGCACCGGAAGUAAUCAGGAAUGAUCCCUGCUCGGAAAAAGUAGACAUAUGGUCGUACGGCGUCGUGCUGUGGGAAUUGCUGAGUGGCGAGAUACCUUACAAGGACGUAGAUUCUUCCGCCGUUAUGUGGGGAGUGGGUAGCAAUUCUCUUCAUUUGCCAAUUCCUACAAGUUGCCCGGAAGGUUUUGGACUAUUAGUAAAACAGUGCUGGGCGACUAAACCGCGUAAUAGGCCAUCCUUCAAACUUAUUGAGAUGCAUCUCGCUAUCGCAGCCGUCGAUGUAUUGUCCUUGGAACCCGAAGAUUACUUUAAAGCACAGCAAUCUUGGAAAAAGGAAAUACAGGAACACAUGGAACAUAUGCCAUUAUUUACAAAUACCAGUCCACGUUUCGAAAACGAUCUAAUUUUACGGAGGAAGAAUGAAUUACGGCAAGCUCAAGAUGUCAGAGAACAUUAUGAACGCAAACUUGAACGCACCAACAAUCUAUAUCUAGAACUAAACGCUAUUUUAUUGCAAUUGGAGCUACGCGAGCGAGAUGUAAUAAACAAACAACGUUAUACCGCUUUGCAAAAUCGUGUUCUGUAUUUGGAGCACAGUCGAAAACCCACAGAUCGAAAUAAAUAUCUGGUUUGUCUCAGGAGAGAGCAACAAUCGACAGGGUAUAAGCAAUACAAGAAACGUCUUGUUCGUCCUCUAUUGAAAGCCCAAGAGAGGUUAUAUCGCAAACGGAAUGGCACAGUGCAGUUUUCCACUUCUUCAACGCCCACUACUCCGCCAUCGCCCACAGAUUCGCCGCAGAGCCCUGUCAAAGCCAUCAUGUACACGCAAUUGAAUGAAUCCAAUCAACCAGAAACUGUUUUGGCAUCAAACAAUAGUUUCAAACAGCGUAAAUACAGGCAUCGUAGAGUUGGCUCAGGUUGUGGCCUAAGUUCCAGUCCUAGGUCGAGUCCUCAUCGUGAAAGAAAAAGUAUAGAAGCAUCUGUAAGAUUCAUUGACAGUCACACACAAACGGAUAUCAUGGACAUCAGUGAAACGGAUCACUCUCCAUUGCCGAAUAUAGCGUCUUUCUCACCAGAAAGGUCUUCUUUGGAAGCUGUCAGAAAACAAUCGUUGAAUAAACAGGCAAUGGAAUGUGUAAACGGGAAUCCGAUUUUGCCAGAAACGCAUUAUCCGAUGCUAAUUAGUUCAUGCUCCAGUCCUGAACCGUUGAAUGAAAAUAACGCAAAUGGAAACGAACGUUUGAAAGAUUGUAGUGAUGAUGACAAUCUUGAGACACUCGGUAGAAAAGUCAGCGAGAUUAUUAUUGCGAAUCGUCUCAUUAUUGAUAAUGGAAACGGCGAGGAUGUUGUAAUCUCUCACAGAAAUAAAGAAGAUUCAGGCAAACUACCUGGACAUUAUGCAGAGCAAUCCGACAUUAAACUACGAAUUUCUUCAGACAAUACAGAUGAUCGCGAAGAUGAUGCUUGCGAAGAAAGCUGGUCAGAUGAAGAAGGGGAAGAUCCAAGUUAUACUUAUAAUUAUUCUUUGAGACGAAGAAGUAUCGCAAGGAAGCCAAUUGGUCCUGGCUGUAGAUUACGAAGAUCUAAGCCAACAAUACCUGGGAGAAUGCAGCGGGCAUUAGCUUCUGAUGAAGAAAAUACUUCUGAAUAUUCACAUCCUCCGUCCAGUCAGACCUCCACUUUAGAGAGUAAUCCGGAUGUUCAAAGGGUUCUUCGUAAUAUACAACAUUCCCAAAAAAGAAAGGAAAUAGACGACGCUUCUGACACAUCGAGUCAAUCGGAAACGGACGAAAUUAGUGAAGUUACAAUUGCGUCUCAACCAGCAAAUGGAACUAUGAAAAUGGAGAGCCGAGUAUAAGAGUACUGUAGUAUAAUUUUUAUAUUUGAUUUUUAUGAACGCGCUAUAUUAAUAGAUUAGAUUUAUUGCCUAAAUGAAAUUCGAUAAUUAUAGCAUUCUUCAUUCUGUAACUUAUGUUAAAUAUUGUAGAUAUUUAUCUAUUCAUAUAUGUAUACAUACACACACAAAUAAUGACAUAUACAUAUAAGUAAACAUACAUAGGCAUACAUGCAUCAUGUACAUCCAUAUACUAAAAAUUGUUUAGAAAAAAUAGUAAAAACGAUUGGGAAUUCGAGACUUUACAUCUCAAUAGAAUAUUGAAGCCGCAUAGUUUUCAAAAUAUUCUUCACCAAUAUGUACAAUCAAUCACAUACAUGAAUUAGUAAAAAAUUAGAUUAAUAUUGCUCAAAUUUAUUUGAGUAUACAUAAGGUUUUUUUAUAUAUACAUAUAUGUACCACAUGAGAUCAUGAUUCUAGAUUUAUAAUGUAAUUUUCGUCCAACAAAUCUAAAUACUGCUUCGAAGGAUGUUAUUCACAAAUGUAAUAAAUGUCAUUCGAAAUCGCUAUAUACAUCGUACAUUAUAUACGCCUCGCGACGAUCAUUCACAUUAGUGAAUGUUAAGGUAUAUAUAAUUGUCCAACAUACAUACUUCAAGAAUCGUAUAUUUAUUUCUUUCAUGAUAUCUAAUAUUUAUCAUCUACUAAUUUAAUAAUUACUUUUGAAUAAAACGCAUAUAUAUAUAUAUAUAUGUAUAUAUCAUUUUUAAGUCACAAAUUUAAUUUUAAACUGUGCAUACAAAACAAAUUUUCUAUCCAGCCAAAAUGCAGGCAGUCAAAAAGUCCUUAAAUUCAUAUAUAUUUCCUUGCUUAUGUAUAAAUAAUCUCACUAUGUCAGAUGAAACUGAAAGACAGCUGUGAAUAAUAAGAUGUUUUCAUAAUUAUGAAAGCAUCUGAUUAAAGAUAUUAUGUAUAUAUGCACAGUUUAAACGCAAACUAAAAAAAUUGAAAAAGAUCAAAUAAACCUCACGGAAUGAAAUAACAUGUACAACAUAACGAUAACGAAUUGAACGAAUUUUAUUAUGACAUAAGUGCCUACGGCAAUUUGCAUGCAUCGAUCGCGUUAAAGUGUCUAGUGAAAGUUAGAGUAUUAAUAAUAUUGUACACACACAUAUAUAUAUAUAUAUAUAUAUAUAUAUAUAUAUAUAUAUAUAAAUUAAUUAGACAAUUUAGUCUUUGAAGCAUGUAUUGUGAAAGAUAUUGUUGUACCUGUACCGAUCUUUUAUAUUUGCAAUAUAUUAUGGAUACAUAAGACGUUAGACAAAAAUGAAUAUAUGAGAGAAAAAAAUAUAGAAUUUGCUUCCUGAAAGCUACUCUCCACUUAUAACAGAAGAGAUACUUUGUGUCAUAUAUGUAUCUCUCUUAAAAUUUACGCUCAUACGUAAGGAACUUAAUUUUUUUUUACUUUACAGCCAACAAAGUCAAAGAAUAAGUAAGUUUAUAGUGACUAUGUACUUAUUGAUUUCAGACUUUAAGCAUUUAUGUAUAGUUUACAAUGCGAGUUGUAUUGCACGCGAGAUAGUCAAACAUGUGGUGCAGACGAGAGUUUCAAAACGAAGCUUGACACACAAUAGCGCUGGAUUGCACGCGGAAACUUCAUACUCAUUCCGCGAAUAAAUUACCGGUAUUAAUAAUUAUUGUAAGUUGUAUCUUUCUCACACAUGCACGUACCUCCAAACUGUUGCGUUUAUUCAAUUAUCGAAAAGAAUGAUGUUUUGCAUCCAUCUAUUGUACCUGCUUUGAAACUCAAAUUGCCUUAAUGACAAUUAUAUACAUCUGUAAAUAUAUAGACAAUACAAUACCGAAAUUAAAAUUUUAGCAAAUUAAAAGUAAGAUAGAAUAACAAUUUGGAUGUGCUCAUUUAAACGAAAUAAUUUCUAAGGCGUAUUAUUAGAGAGAUGUACUUUAUAGUAAUCAUACAUAUUGUAUCCACAUCUCAUACAUUAUGCGAGUAGUUGCAUAAAUUGUUCCUUUUCGUGCAGUGGCAGCUAAAACUGGCGAGUUCUAUUAUUAUAUAAUAAUAGAAGCAGUACACAAAAUUUGUGUUAUACAUAAAAUAAAGUUGAUUUACAGGA